UCUGACAGUGCAGUAAUAUACACUUACUUAGGAAUCUGUGUUCAUUGCUUCGAUUGUCAUUCAGACUACGGAAGCUGCAAUGCUGGAGAAUGUGAAGGCGAAUUCUGUGUCAAAAUGGAGACGUUUAGUAAGUACAAAGAGGGACGCGUAAUACAGAAACACUGCAGUAAUGAGAAAAAUGAAAAGAACAGCUGUGCACAAGUUCCAAUUGGCUCCUAUUAUUCAUACCGCUGUGCCUGUGAUCGGUCAUGGUGUAACGGAGAUGAGGCACUAAUAGCAGCAGGCUUGGAAGAAUCUUCGGGAGGAAAAUCAAACCUUUUACCUUCACCUCAGACAAUAUUUGCUUUACUCUUUUUGUUUUUUGUAGCCGUUUCUUUUUCAGUUCUGUUUGUCAACGCUUUGUGUACCAGUUUUUACUGA